AUGCUCUUGUCAAAUCUCAAGAGGGUCAAAAGGGAAGCUUCAGGGGUCAAGAAGGAGAAGCCCAAGACCGCUCUGCAGAAGUUGGUGGCUCGCUCAGAAGUAACAGCCGCACCGUCCAAAAAGAAAGCGUUCUCGACGGCCAUUCUGCGGACUCCUCAGGAAGACGACGAGGAUGCUUACAUCGCGUAUCUUGAAAGCAAGCUUGGGUACGUCAAGAAGAGGAAGCGUACCGUGAGCUAUGAUCUGGGAGACGAGGAAGACGGUCUAGGAGAGCUACUCAAGGAUCUAGACACCUUCGAAACCUCCAUUUUCCCUAAUCAUGUUGAGUCCAAAGACUCCGGCUCUGAGCUUGAGGACGCAGCGAGUGCCAGUGAGGGCGACGAAGAGGACAGCGAGGUAGACAAUGAAGAUGUCGAACGGUUAGAGAAUGUCGACGCUGGAAGCGAUGAUGAAGAUGUUGGAGUCGAUGAUGAUGUGGACGAGGACGAGGAAGUGGAGGAAGUGGUGCCCGAUCUCAUAGACAGUGAGAAGGGUCCUCCUGAAACAUCAUCAGCCGGCACUAAAUACGUCCCGCCACACCUUCGCAAGGCUGCGGAAAACAGUUCCAAGCCUGUAUCAGAGGCGCAAGUCAAAUUGACAAGACAGCUGAAAGGUCUCCUUAAUAGGAUGACCGAACAGAAUAUAGCCUCCAUUGUGGACGGUGUGGAAGAGGUAUACAGGAACCAUAGGAGACAUGACGUUACGGAGACUAUCACAAAACUCGUCUCAGAAGGCAUCUCCUCGCACUCUAUUCUACUCGAUCAAUACGUAGUCCUUCACGCCGCGUUUGUGUCGGCCCUACAUAAACUGAUUGGAAUUGAAUUCGUAUUAGGUCGUACUCACCAAGUUCUAGCCGCGUUCUUUGUACAACAUGUGGUCACCUCGUACGACACCCACUUCGCGGCUCUGAAGGGCUUGGGUGUCAACGAAGGCAAGCCCAUCACUGAGGAAGAAGGUCUCGGGAAAGAGUGUUCCAACCUCAUCGUUCUACUAUCCGAACUGUACAACUUCCAGGUCCUGUCCUGUGUACUGAUGUACGACAUUAUUCGUUCUCUGCUUGAUGGAGACCUAUCAGAGUUCAAUGUAGAGCUGUUGCUCAAAGUCGCACGGAACUCCGGCCAGCAGCUACGCCAAGACGAUCCUACUGCCCUCAAAAGCAUCAUCCAAAUAGUUCACCUGAAGAUUCCUUCGGAUACCGGCGCUCUCAGCUCUCGUACACGAUUCAUGGUCGAAACGCUCGGCAACUUGAAGAACAAUAAGGUCAAGAAGGCAGCAGUGGCCGGCGGCGAAGCCGUUGAGCGGAUGAAAAAGUUCCUCUCCGGUCUCGCGAAGAAACGGCACGUCAUGCCGCAUGAGCCCUUGCGCGUCUCGUUGGAUGAUCUUCGUUCUGCUGACACGAAGGGCAAAUGGUGGCUAGUCGGAGCAGCAUGGACUGGCAAUCCUCUUGUAGAGCAUCAGCGAGAGGUUCAGAACGCGAAGGAGAAUGCUCCGGCUCUUGACACCUCGGACGAGAAUGUUCUCGUAAAGCUGGCAAAGAAGCAGGGGAUGAACACUGACAUCCGGCGGAGCAUUUUUAUGGUCCUCAUGAGCAGCGAGGCAAGUCAACAGUUUGACUACGCCGAUGCUUGCGAACGUCUCUCGCAACUGAAUCUCACCGAGGUACAGCAACGCGAGAUCAUCCGUGUCAUCUUGCACUGCUGUGGAAACGAAAAGCAGUACAACCCGUAUUACGCCCUCGUCGGCCAGCAGCUCUGCCGCAUCUCCCACUCCCCCCGCAUCACCCUCCAGUUCUGCCUCUGGGACUUCCUCCGCGACAUGGGUGAGACCACCGUCGGCGGCGCCGAGAUCCUCAAGAACCUCACUGACGACGACCGCGCCGGGCUCACCGUCAAGACCAUCUCGCCCACCCGCGCCCGGAACGUCGCGCGCGCGUUCGGGUGGUGGGUCGCCAAGGACUGUUGCACGCUCGCGGUGCUCAAGCCCGUUGACUUCACCGUGCUCAAGCCGGCCGCGGCCGCGUUCGUGCGCGAGCUCGUCGUGCACGUGCUCGCCAACACGCAGCGCGCUACGCCGCUGCUGAGCAACGAGGACCUGCCGACGACGAAGAACAAGGGCCCGCUCGAGGGGGUGUUCGUCAAGGGCGCAAAGGUGCCGGCGCUGGCGCUCGGGCUGGUGUUCUUCAUCCGCGACGCGAUGAAGGGCGAGGAGGGGUUCUUGAAGUGGGCGAGCGGGGUUGCGUUGGAGACGUUGCGGACUGGGAUGGAUAUCGUACCCGACUUGUGA